AUGAAAACCAAGCGUGAAGCAGCUAAACCUGCUUGGACGAACGCCGAUCUCAAAAAUCUAAAAAAAAUGAAACGCGCAGCCCUCCGAGGACACAGCAAGUAUCGUACGGACUCUACCAGGGCCAGAUAUAUGUUAGCAAACGCUGAAUAUAAGCAACUGAAUGAUCGUCUGUACAACGCUUAUCAGGACCAUCUGCAAAAUAACCUCAAGAAUAACCCCAAUAGUUUUUGGCGGUACGUCAACAGCCAAAGGAAGGAAACCGGAUUGCCCUCUACCUUGACUGAUGGUUUGCUGGAAGCUGAAUCAACUGUGGAUAUUGCCGACCUCUUCCGAUCUCAAUUCAGCAGCGUUUUUACCAAUGAGCUUCUAGAUCCGCAAGACGUGGCUGCCGCUACCAGAAAUGUUCCCCGACUGACGGCAUCUGAUUUGCAAAUCGUUAUCACCGAUGAUAUGGUCAAAGCAGCAGGUAUGGAUCUGAAGUGUUCCACCGGAUGCGGCCCAGACGGGAUUCCUUCGCUUGUUAUAAAACGCUGUAUACACUCACUUGCAACACCGUUAACCACAGUAUUCAAUCGCUCUCUGCGUACAGGAGUGUUCCCUACUUGCUGGAAAGACUCGUAUGGGUUCCCGGUCUUCGAGUCGUCUUGA